CCAGAGAAUGUGUGGCUAGACGCUGCAGACUCACUGACCAGCCUGAGUGGGAGGAAGUACCCUGAGCACCAUGGCGACGCGGAACAGGAACUCCGUGCAAGAUCCUGUUGGGACGGGAGAGAGGUGCCACGGUGUUGGGCUCGCAACGCUUUCUGCAGCAGUUGGUGGAAGAGAGGACUCGAUGGAUGAAAUGGCAAAGCCAGAAGGUGGAGUUGCCGGACAGUCCUCGCUCAACAUUCCUACUGGCCUUUAGUCCAGACAGGAAACUGAUGGCCUCCACUCACGUGAACCACAACAUUUACAUCACGGAGGUGCAGACUGGGAAGUGUCUGCAUUCUUUGGUCGGCCAUCGUAGGACGCCCUGGUGCGUGACCUUUCACCCCACCAUCCCAGGCCUAGUGGCCUCUGGCUGCCUCGAUGGAGAGGUCCGCAUCUGGGACCUACAUGGUGGGAGCGAGAGCUGGUUCACAGAGAACGAUGUGGCCAUCGCCUCCCUGGCGUUCCACCCCACCGCUCAGCUCCUGCUCAUCGCCACCAACAACGAGAUCCACUUCUGGGACUGGAGCCGGCCAGAGCCAUUUGCUGUGGUCAAAACGGCCAGCGAGAUGGAGAGAGUCAGACUGGUGAGAUUUGAUCCUCUCGGCCACAACCUUUUGACUGCUAUAGUGAACCCAUCCAGUCAACAGAAUGAAGAGGAUUGGGCGUCGAUGGCUCGCCCCCAUCUGACGCCGCAUGUUCUACACAACUUCCUGCAUAUGCUGUCGCCCCGCUCCCAAGUGCCCCUGCCCUCAGAUAUGCCCCGCAGGGGCUCCGAGGGGCGCGACUUGCCCUCUAUGCCCCUGUUCCAGUACCCCUCCCGAGCGCCCCCCGGUGCCCCUGCCCCCACUCCAGGCUGCACGCGCCACCUAGACUCCGUGUGCUACUGCGGACGCUGCACCUCUGGCGCCCCCUACCUGUCGGUUACGGGCCAGAACCCUCAGACCCAGACUCAGCCCGUGCCCCCCCAGCCCGUCCCCUUCAGCUUCCGCAUACGCUUCUCCUUGACACGCAACCCUCGCCACGCCCCCGGGGCGCGGACGCCGGCAACCUCGGGCGGGCGGCCGCCCUACGCUCGGAAACCCGGCCACGGCACCAGCAGCGGGCACCACCCCUUCUACGACGGUGGCGCGCGCAGCCAGAGCCCCGCCUCCAUCCGCAACGUGCUGCAGUGCAACCUGAGCCGCUACUUCGCCCCGAGCGCCAUGCAGCAGCUGCUUAGCAACAAUAACCAUGGCGGCGAGGGCGCGGGCACCAGCGGCGAGGCGGAGAGACCCGGCCCGUCCCACUACCAGCCCCCCGGCCCCACCCCCACACCCGCCCCCCACGCCCACGCCAGCCUGAACCGCUGCCGCUCCUGCCACAACCUGCUGACCUAUAACCACGACACGCAGCGCUGGGAGCGCUCCGGCCCCUCGUCCUCGUCCACGCAGGACUCCGUGGCCUCCGCGUCCCCCGGCCCCUCCUCCUCCUCGUCCGCCUGGCCGCUCUCGCUCUCGGCGCCCGGGAGGCGGCUCGCGGGGUGCCCCUCCCCUGAAGGCGGCGUCCGCCAGCCCUGGCGGGCGAACGCUGACUGGCGGUGGAGUGGCGGGGGCGUGCCCGACCCCCUGCCCCCACUGCUGUCCCGCAGGCCUGUGGAGCCCGCUGCCCAGGACGCCUUAAACCAGGAAGUGCCUGUGGAGCCGCCCGACGAGGACUCUUUACGCAGGCGGCUGCUGGAGUCCUCCAUCAUCUCUCUGUCCCGCUACGACAUGACAGGAUCUCGGGAUCACCCCAUCUACCCCGACCCUGCCAGGUUGUCUCCGGCUGCCUACUACGCUCAGCGAAUGAUCCAGUACCUCUCUCGGCGGGACAGCAUCCGCCAGCGCUCUCUGCAGAACCGCCUUCGCACGCUCUCGUCAUCGUCGGACAGCCAGGUCCCCAGCCCUACCGCUGCCAUGGAGACGGCCGACGUGGACUACGAGGAGCUGGAGGACCCUGGGGACAGGACAAGGCACAGAAUGCCUCGGAACACCCGAAUGUCUGCGCCAUCUCUCGGCCGCUUUGUUCCACGGAGAUUUCUCUUCCCGGAGUACCUGCCUUAUGGGAUCUUCCACGAGCGCAGCCAGGGGGGCGUGGCCACACACUCCUCCAUCAACCGCGUGCUGGCAGGGGCAUCCAUCGGGGACGGACAGUCUGCUGUGGCCAGCAACAUCGCCAGCACCACUUACCGGCUGCAGUGGUGGGACUUCACCAAGUUUGACCUACCUGAAAUCAGCAAUGGCUCGGUGAAUGUGCUGGUUCCACAGUGUAAGAUCUAUAAUGAUGCGAGCUGUGACAUCUCUGCGGACGGGCAGUUGCUGGCGGUCUUCAUUCCCAGCAGCCAGCGAGACUUCCCCGACGAGGGCAUCCUGGCCGUCUACUCUCUCGCCCCACACAACCUCGGGGAGCGCCUCUACACCAAGCGCUUUGGUCCCAACGCCAUCUCCGUCAGCCUGUCUCCCAUGGGCUGCUACGUCAUGGUGGGCCUGGCCUCCCGCAGGAUCCUGCUGCACCCAGCCACUGACCACAUGGUGGCGCAAGUGUUCCGCCUACAGCAGCCUCACGGUGGGGAGGCCUCCAUCAGAAUGGCGUUUAACGUGGUCUAUCCCAUGGGGCCCGACCAGAGGCGGCACGUCAGCAUCAAUUCAGCUCGAUGGCUUCCAGAGCCAGGAAUGGGCCUCGCCUACGGGACCAACAAGGGAGAUCUGGUCAUCUGCCGACCUGUGGACUACCGCAGUGAUGGAGAGGGUCCAACAGAGCAGGUUUCAGAGUCUUCUGCCUUUUCCCUCAACAACAGCCCCGGCACUAGCAGAGGCAGAGCUGCCGACAGGCCAGGGUCGAGCAGGGCCAUACUGCGGCUGGACAGGGACAUGGGUCUAAUGGACGCCAUUGGCCUGCAGCCUCGUCACCCAGCAACCACCGCGACCUCUGUUAACUCUCAGGGCACGCAAACGCCGACACCCUCGCUGCAGAACGCCCAGACCCAGACGGACCGUGACCCCCAGCAGCCAGGAACCUCCCAGGCCAGCCACAACCAAGCAGUCCAGGCCAGCCACAGCCAAGCAGUUCAGGGUCCAGACGGCUCCGCAGAGACGAGUGCGGGAGGAGGAGCCCCCGACGGCGUCGGGUCAGCGGUGGAGCCGGCCGGGGGCGUGGCCGGAGGGGAGGACGCGCUGGCGCGGCUGCGGAGGCUGAUGGCGGAGGGCGGCAUGACGGCCGUUGUGCAGCGUGAGCAGAGCACCACGAUGGCCUCCAUGGGCGGCUUCGGCAACGACAUCAUCGUCAGCCACCGCAUCCACCGCGGCUCGCAGACCGGCGCCUCCACCUCCGCACACCUGCUCCUGCAGCCCCGCCACCAACGCCCAGCGCACCCACCGCACGCUGCCCCGCUGCGCAGCGCCAGCCCCCAGCACGCCGGCCCGCUGUCUCCGCUGGGGCGCCGCAGGAGGCUGGAGCCUGUGGACAUGGAGGACGUGUUUGAGGAGAGGAGCGCAGACGCCCCACCGCCCCACCGACUGUUCAGCUCCAACAACAACAACAACAACAAUGGAGGCAGCGGCAGCGGCGGCCCGGGAGACCAGUACAGCAGAUAGUGCCCCCCAGCCCACAUCACAGCGCCCUCAGUGGGGAGGAGGUGUUACAGCAGAUAGGGCCCUCCAGCCCCCCAGCCCACAUCACAGCGCCCCCAGUGGGGAGGAGGUGGUGGCACGGCUGGCCUUGGCACCCUGAGCGUCCCAUGCCCCCCCUGAUUUACCCCCGACUCCACAACCAAUCAGUCUGCCCCCCCAUGCUGCACCUUCAGGGCGGGACUGGGGCGCCCCCUGGGUCCUGCAGACAGCAGAGGCAUUCCAGAGAGAGAAAGGGCUUUACUUGAAGACAUCUCACUCUCUUUCUGUCUGGCUCUGUCUCUCUUUCUCUUUCCUUCUCUCUCACGCUGAGGAAGUGUCUGUUAUGCUCUUGAGGAACUCUGAGGUCCCUUGGCGCCUCUGGAGUUCUCUUCAUCUCCGAUCAGCACUGGUGCCAUUUUGAUUUUAACGGCUUGUGCCCGGAUGCCCCUGGCUCGUCUGAGCUGGGAGCCUGUGUGUGUUUUUAAGUUUUGAGGACAUGGUUACCCCUCCUGGAUGGAGAGUGAGUUCUGCCUGGUUUGUCUUCUGUCUUGGUGUUUCCCUGCAAGUGUGUUUUAAACUGAUAAGACAGAAUGCAUAAAAUAUGAACGAAAAUGUCGGAAAACGGAUGAGUGUUGUCAACUGAUGCAACCUAUCCUCUGCUGUGCUACAGGGGCUGUGUGUGUGUGUGUGUGUGUGUGUGUGUGUGGACUGCAGUGGAAGCGCUGACUAAUUUGACGCAAACAUGAAUAUUGUAAAGUAAGAUAAGCUGGACUCUGAGGAGGCACAAUAACACACACUCACACACACCGCCCGGAGUGUCCCACUCAAAGCACCUCCAGUGGUCAGUACAGUUUGGGAUUCCCUUGAAGAAAACUGAGAAUCAUGCAAUGGGAGACACACACACACACACACACACACACACACACACACACACACACACACACACACAUACAUACACACACAUACACAUACA